CUUAAUUUGUUUUCUCUUCGUUAGCUUAAUUUGAUUGCUUUCUGUUUGGAAAAUUUCUUCCCAGAAGCCUUCUGUUUGAUCUUUGGCCAUUUGGAGGGCUCCGUUGAAAUUUAUUCGCUUCUUUAUAUAUGGAAUUUCGACUUCUCAAUUUCCUUCGUAGAAGCCUUCUGUUUGAUUGAUCUGUUCUCUGUUUAAUCGAUCGAUGGCUUCAAUUUACACUUGUGGGGAAUGCGAUGCCGACUUGAAUCUAACCAUCAACCAGCUCUUUCCUGCCGAUUUUUAUUUUGAGGCCGGCAACAAGGGCACUCUCUCUUUUGCUGGGAUCGAUGAGAGCAAAUUCAGAUUUGAGAAAGAAGACAAGUUGAUUCCUUUCUUUGCGACUGUGAAUUACUGGGGAAUUCAGAGGAACAGAACCAAGAUCAAGUGCAAAAGCUGUGGUCAUCCUGUUGGGUAUAUUUACGAUGAUGGUCCUCCCCUCACCAACAGUCCUGGCCAGAUGCAUAUGGGCCCAAGUCAGGCUAUCCCUAGGGCGCCAAGGUACAGGUUUAAGAUCAAAGCUCUCAAGAGUGAAUCAGAAACCUAGAGUUUCGCAUUGGCUUUAUUGUGAUUCAGGAAGUUUUCCUGUUUGUGAUGAUUACUGGUAGAAAACCCAUUACUCUUUCUGGGUCUGGGAAGAUAUUGUGACUUUUGUACUUUGCAAGGGUUAAUUCAUCAAUGGCUUUUCCAUUUACCUCUUUAAUUCUCCCCUUAAUGUAUAUAUAUUGGUAUUAAACUAUUGAUAUAAAUUACUUUCCUUAUUCAGUUGA